ACAGAUCCACGUGUUUUAGAAAAACAAGAAUUACAGCAGCCAACUUAUGUUGCCCUCAGUUACAUUAAUAGAUUCAUGACAGAUGCUGCUCGCCGAGAGCAGGAGACACUAAAAAAGAAGAUUCAGCCAAAGCUCUCGCUGACCCUGUCCAGCUCAGUGACUCGAGGGAAUGUGUCCACUCCACCACGCCACAGCAGUGGAAGCCUUACUCCCCCCGUGACCCCACCCAUCACCCCCUCCUCUUCAUUCCGCAGCAGCACUCCAACAGGCAGUGAGUAUGAUGAGGAGGAGGUGGAUUAUGAGGAGUCAGACAGCGACGAGUCCUGGACCACAGAGAGCGCCAUCAGCUCGGAAGCCAUCCUGAGCUCCAUGUGCAUGAACGGAGGGGAAGAGAAGCCUUUUGCCUGCCCAGUUCCUGGAUGUAAAAAGAGAUACAAGAAUGUGAAUGGCAUAAAGUACCACGCAAAGAAUGGUCACAGAACACAGAUUCGUGUCCGCAAACCAUUCAAAUGUCGUUGUGGAAAGAGUUACAAGACAGCUCAGGGCCUGCGGCACCACACAAUCAAUUUCCAUCCCCCGGUGUCGGCUGAGAUUAUCAGGAAGAUGCAGCAAUAACAUGCUGGUCAUAACUGUGCCAAGAAAUCCUCACCAGCAGUUGCUGAUUUUGAAAACAGCCACCUUUUUUCAGGGGAAGCAUUCAGCAACCCUUUAAAGAAUUAAAUGCAUGCUUUAAAUUUUUUUCUGUAAUUUUGGAAUGAUGUAUCUUUGUAGCGUUAAUGAUUUUGUACAUUUGCACAUGUAAUCUUCAUACCCAUUUUCAUUACUUUGAUAUAAGGUGCUAAAUGAAAAAAGCUCUAGUUUCUUCAGCACAUUUCCCCCAAACAAAAUAAAAGUGAGGGCAUGUUGCAUAUUGUUUAGUCGUAUUCCAUUGGUAUCAACUGGGGGAGGAGGGACUGGCACUGAGAUUUUCCCCCACGAUUGUAAUGUGAUUGAAGUUUUUCAACACAUCAGCUCACUAUGUUCAAACCAAAAUAAUACCUUCAUUGUCAAACUGGUUACCAUGCCUUACAUAAUGGAGUAAGUAUUUGUGAGUAGAAAGACUUUAGGUAAUGGAAAUAUAAAUAAAAGAAUGUUUUAACAUAAUAUGCUAAAAAUAUUUUCAUAUUUAAAUAACAUACAUAAAAGGUGUGCUUUGUGUUUUAUAUUAUCUUGCAUAUCUUUUUGCCCUUUAAAAAGCUGAAAAUCUUGCCAUCUGAUUUACCAAUCAUUUUAAACAGCAUUUUUUGUACAGAACUGUCUAAGUUCACUGAUUAAUACACAUUCAUUGAGUGCCUGUUAGGUGCCAGGGUUUUGAUUUAUGCUUAUUGAUAUUUUUGGGCCAAGAUACCAGUUUAGUGAAACAUUUUUCCCUGAAAUCUGUUAGGAAACACUUAAACGUGCAAAUUUUGUGCAUGUGAAAUUUAGUUCUGUCUUCAUCUCUAGGUGAAGUUUUCAAGCACUUUGUAGUUCUCUAUUGCCAACAGAUUUAGUGUUUUAUGUGUUGCCAAUUCUUGCAACCACUGCCCUAACCUGUGGGGUUGCAAAUCAGAAUUAAAAUUGCAAGCACGUUUCAUACAGGAAGAAUUUUGUUAAUACCCCCUAUGGCCUCCUCUUCAUGCUCGGUGUGUUGAAACAUUUUAAAAGGCACUUUCCCUUUACAGUGUAGAUGUCUGUAUGCCCACUGGAAAUGUCUGUUUAGCUUUGUAGACAUUUUGCUGAUAUAUGAAAUUGAGCCUUAUUGACAAGUGCUUCUUGCAGUAGGUGGUCAGAAAGUGACUAACACAUGACCCAUUAGAGUAAACAAACCUAUGUCUGGACCAUUCCUGAAGUUUUUCUCACCAACAAUACCAUCAUGCCUUGAGUGUUUUCUCCCAAGUGCUAUUCCUUAAACAUGAGCGUUUACCACUCGCCUAAAUAAGCAAAAAAAAAAAUUGCUUUGAGAUGGCUAACUACUCAUAAAGUGAACGCAAACUCAUGCUUUUAACUUUCCAUUUUACAAAAGUUUUACAGCGGAGAAGCAGAUGUCCCUCCUCAGUUUUGCAGACAUUUUGAAAUGACAGUUGUUAGCCAGGUGGGUGAGCAUCUAUAUUCUUAAAUUGUGAAUCCCUCAUAAUGAGACAAAGUAUAAAUACACUGCCCUCUAGAAAUUCCCUCAGAUCUCUGCAAGGUCAUUUUGGUCCUAGAUACAGUAUUAUUUAUCCUGUAUGUCUAAAAGGGUGAUCCAGACAUGAGAAGCAACUAGUUGGAGCAUAAAAACGCCCCACUUGGCUAUUUCAUACCUAUCUACAAUUGACCAAAAUUUCUUAGCCCAGUAAUUAGUUAGCUUUGCUCCUUUUAGUAGAAUAAAUUACAAGCUGGAUCAGUAAUGCAACAGCUAAACAGUCAUAAAAUAGUCAUUGUGCAUGUUAAAUUUCUUUCAACUAUAAAGCAAAUUCCAGUUUCUAUUUACUUAUUCAUUGUGACAGUAUUACUAAACAGGUAAGGAUGGGAUUAUUUUGUUAUACAGUGUAUAGUGAAUGUAUCGUAUUGUGUCUGUGAAAACUGUGCUUUAAAUUAUAUUUUCAUAUGUUUUGUUGGGGACAGAGCACAUUGUUUGAAAGUGACAGAGGUUUGUUUUAGAACUGAAGGCAACUAAGUCAGGAUUCCUGUCAAGAAAAGCUGCUUAUAAAUGUAAAUGAAAUCGCAUUUAAAAUAAACUGCCUCUGACCCAAAA